UCAACUCGCAUCUCACUGGCGACCAAGACCUUCGUUGGUGGCUUCUCACAGUGGAAGAAGUGCGGCAGGAUCUGAAUGGAAGCGUGUGAUGACCCAUGCGCGUCAGAGGGCACCUCUGUGGCGACACUGGAGUGAACACUGGGACCAGGUGGGCAGCCUCACACAUGCUGAAACCAUGGGCCGCAUCUGGCCCAAGAGCCCGAGGCACGGGCAGCGGACCCCGACCAAGACCAAGGCCAAGGCCAAGCUCCGACAGAGUCGGGCCAAAGAGCGAGAGCGGGAGGAGGCGAAGGAUAUGAGCGCCGAGCUGGACAGGAAGAUGUACCCUCUGCGGGGCCGACUGGGCCUGGGCGACCUUGGCACGCGCAACUGCAGCGUGGUGCUCACCCGGCUGGAGGAGAGCGAGGGCCAGACGGCCGCCGGGGACAGGCACCGGAGGGGCCGGGGCAACAAGCCAAGGAGCGGCGGCGGUGGCGAGCGGUCGGGAGGGAGGACCAAGCCCUGCAAGUGCCGAAAGAAGGGCUGCAAAGCCUGCUACCGGCCGCGGGCACCAUCCCUUCUGCCGCCGCAAACGCCACCGCAACGGCCAGCGCAACUACCAAAAAACAAACCCCCCAAAGCGGAGUUACCUGCCUUAUGCGUGCCCGCGCAGCUGACCCCGGAGCCGCGCCAGCGCAGGCUGGCCUCGCUCAACGCCGAGGCGGUCAACAGCCUGCUUUUGGACAGAGACGACCCUCGGCAGGCGGCCAGACUUGCAAAGAGACAGCAACAGCGGCAGCUACAGCUACAACAACAGCAGCAGCAGCAGCAGCAGCAGCAGUGCUCCUCUUUGAAAGGGGAAUGCGCUAAUCUGGCCAAAGACCCGGCCAAGGAAGCGGGCGGCUCCAAAAGGGCAGCCCACGGCAGGAAGCGGACGCCAGACUCCGAGGGGUGUCAGAGUCCCAAGAAACACAAAAAGGCCAAGCUGGACGCGGAGGAAGCCGACCGGCCGAGUCUGGACAGCCCCACGCCGCGCCGCCUGGCCGGCCUGAACGCCGCCGCCCUGCUCAAGCUCACCAGCACGUCCGCCGGAGUCAAGCGGCGUGGCAAGACCGACGGCAAGCAGGGGGGUGGAACCAUGCGAGGUAAACAACAACAGCAUCAACAACAACAACAACAUCAACAGCAGCAGCAGCAGCAACAGCAACAACAACAAAUGCAACUGAAGCCGCAGCAGCAACACCACCACCACCACCAUCACCAUCACGUAUCCAAAUCGCAAAAGCAUCGGCACAAGUUGCACCACCCUCCUAUCCAGCAACAGCAGCAGCCGCAGCAGCAGGUGCUUCAGAGGUGUUGCAGCCUCUGCAAGAAGGAGGCCUACCAGCAGGAGGCGCUGUGGGAAGGCCCGGCGGGGGGCCACGGCUUCAUCCGGCCGGGCUUCCAGUGCCGCUCCAUGCUGAGCUACCCGCUGAAGCAGGUGAAGGAGGAGCAGACGGAGGCGGAGGUCAACCCCCCGUACUACUGCUGCUCGCCGGAGCGCUCGGUGGAGUACUGCCACCGGCUGGCGCUGUUCCUGGACCAGAAGCCUCGGUACUCGGAGGCGGACGAGCGCUCCCUGCCGCCGGUCAAGGGCUUCCUGGCGCACCCGGCCACGCUGGCCAUCAACGCCCACCCGUACCAGUGCUACUCGGGCUACUACGUGCACAUCGCCCACCACGGGGCGUCCUCGCCGCCCCCCAUCAGCGCCCCGCCGGUCCCCUACCCGCCCGCCUCCGUGGCCCCCAUCACGCUGUGCAGCACAGACAGAGACAGAGACAGAGACAGACAGAGGCAGAGGCCCAAGCUGAUGCCGCCGUCCUCCAUGUCACGCCCGCCACCUCCGCCGCCGCCGCCGGGCAUCCCGCACCCGGCCUACUGCAGCUCGGUGGGCGCGUGCUACGGGGGCGAGACGUGCCGCAUGGGGCCCUACGCCUACCGGACUCCGCAGCGCCUCCAGGCGCGCGGCUGCUCCUACAGCGCCGACUGCUCCAGCUGCAACCGCAAGAUCAAGAUGGAGGACUACCCGUACCCGUUGGAGGAGCACAGCCCCUCCAUCCCCGUGUCGCCCCCGCUGCCCCUCUCCGUCUGCCCCAUGCCCAGCGUGCCGCCGCCCUCGCCGCAGUCGGUCCCCCACCUCCAGACGCCCCUCUCCGACUCGGCCGGGCCCCCCCAGGGCCAGCUGCGGGUGGCCCGCGAGUGCCCCCAGAGCGCCAAGCCCCCGAGCGGCUCGCGGUCGGGCUCCGGCGUGCGCAACAGCGCCCCCUCCCUGGGGGUCUGCCCGCACAGGAAGGACAAGCAGCUGGGGCCGGGCAGUGCCAGCGGGACUGGCGGCAAGCAGCAGAAGAUCUCGCGUCGCCGGGCAACCAACGGAUGGCUUCCUGUCGGCGUGCCGACUGAGAAGGAGGUGUUUGUCGUGGGUGAGGAGACCAUGGUCCUGCGCAGGUGUUACGACGCCGUGCAGAGGGCCGGCGACGUGAUC